GUAGAUGACAGCUGUGUGUGGAAUGUAAACACGCAGCGGCUCGGCGCCGUGGGAAGCGGAUACACGUCAGUCUGGGAUGCGGCGGGUGAUUGGCUGGGCCUGGCUGACGCUCCAGCAGAUGAGCGGACAUGGCGGGUCUUAGUGCUAUGGAGAAGAAGUUGGCUGAAUACAAGUGUAACACAAAUGAAGCCAUCAAACUGAAAUUAGUGCGUUUCCCAGAAGACAUUGAUGAUGACAGUAUGACCUUUAACCCAGAAUUCAGUCACCAGCUUUUCGGAGAUGAUGAAGUGGCGUUUGGAUACAAAGGUUUGCAGAUGCAGUUGUACUACACUGCUGGAAGCCUGUCUACCAUGUUCCGCGUCCUGUACAGCUCUAAAGUCGAUGACAAGUUUGAGGGCGUCCAGGCGGAUGAUGUUGAAAGCAAAAUUCGUGAAAUUAUGCCUCCGGGAUUUUGCUGCGCUACAGAUGAUUUCAUGACAUUACUGGAGAAAGAAGUGAAUUUUAAACCAUUUGGCAGUAUAAUUCAUACAUACACAGUUUACAAUGAAGACUCUGGAGAAGAAAUUACUUAUCAGAUAUAUAAGGCUGAUGUGACCUGCCCAGGCUUCAGGGAGUACCACGAAAGACUCCAGACCUUCUUGAUGUGGUUCAUAGAGACAGCUAGCUACAUCGACGUGGACGAUGAGCGGUGGGACUACUUUCUGGUGUUUGAGAAGUACAAUAAGGACGGGACUACGCUCUUUGCGACUGUAGGCUACAUGACCGUAUAUAAUUACUAUGUGUACCCAGACAAAACCCGGCCACGUGUAAGCCAGAUGCUGAUUUUGCCUUCAUUUCAGGGCGAGGGUCACGGAGCCCAGUUGCUGGAAACAGUUCAUAGAUAUUAUGUGUCCUCUCCCAACAUUUUGGACGUCACAGCUGAAGAUCCAUCCGAAAACUUUGUCAAGCUCAGAGACUUUGUUCUUGCAAAGCUUUGCCAAAACCUGCCAUGUUUCUCGCCAGAAAAACUUCUUGGUGGGUUCAGUCAAGAGAUGGUGACAGAGGCUCAGCAGAAACUGAAGAUAAAUAAGCAACAUGCAAGACGAGUUUACGAAAUUCUUCGGCUCCGUGCUACAGACAUGAGUGACCCUGAAAAAUCCAAAGCUUACAGACUAGAUGUCAAAAAGAGACUUGUCGGGCCAUAUAAGAAAAACCAGAGGGAGCUUGCCAAGAUGAGGAGAUGCUUAAAUCCUGAGGAGCUGACCAAUCAGAUGAAUCAAAUAGACCUGAAGACACAGCACGACCAGUUGGAAGAGAGCUAUCAGGAGCUUGUGUCCGACUACAGGAGGACAAUAGAAAGGCUUGCCCAAGCAUAGAGUGCUUCCAACAUUGUACAGCUGUCACAACUGCAGUCUUUUCUGGUGUUGCCAAUCAGUCUGCCCUGAAUGAAGUCCACAGCAUAACCUGUUAGUACUAUUUCUAGACCAUGGGAUUUUAGCAUUCAGAUGGCAGCAUUGAUCUGUAAGCUAUUAAUGCCAUUCAUUUAUGGCAUCAUUUUGGUAUGCUGCAUAAGCACAAUCUAAAAGGACAACUCUGUCUUCAUGGAGAUGCUUUCUCAAGGGUUAUAUGUGCAAAAUAGACCAGAAGGGUCUGUUUUACAAACAUAAUCCUUAUCCUGUCGUUAACAGUUUGCUAGACACACUCCCUUACAAGAGUGUAUAUAGCACAACUGUUCUUCAGCUCCUGCUACCUUCAACAGACAUAACGGGCUGGUCGCACUGUGUGCGCUCGCCGUGGCCGGCUUCUUCCACAGCUACACAGAGUAGUGCAAAGGGAAAAAAAUAAAAAGUUCCACUGAACAUUCUCGCAUCUGAUUGGUUCAGUUUACAACCAGUAAUAAACCGGUACUAUAAGUGGGAUGCCUUCCAUGAAAAGAAUUCAUUUCUCAGUAGGCACAAUACCUAUGGCAAGAUGUAUAAUUCUGACUUUAUGCAUCACUUCUUUGUAUCAAGAAUCACAUGUACAUACACAAUGCACAACUCUGCUCCAGACUAGCUACACACACACUGGGUAUAUACUGGUUUUCUGUGCAUUUCAACUGUUUAUUUUUCUAGCAUAUUAGGUGCUAAUGUAUGUUACUUAUUCAGCGGCACUUACAACUAAAAUAAAAAAAUAGUCAUGGUAAAA